AUGGAUGAGAUCAACCAACAAGUGUCCAGAGUACUUGAGGACACGAAAACAAUUCGGAUCGUUGCCGAUAUACCUACGAAACUUUUGGCCUCCGACAACUAUUUUGCUUCCGCAGCUAGUUUUACCGAGCCAUUCAAAAAGCAUUGGGAAACACAACAUAUCGUGCGAUUCAUUGUUGUUGAUGUAUAUCCUCGGCAUACAUAUGUUAUUUACGACAUCAACAACCACCGUUAUCACUAUGAAACCGCUCAUAAGCAGACCUUUUCUGUUCCGGUCUACAUUCUCCGCUUCAAGAGCAACAGGUGGAUGUUCUUCAGACAACAAACAGAGGAUCAACGAAUCGCUAGAGACAUUGCAGAAGUGCACCGACAUGAAGGACAAAAUGCACCACCUUUUUUCGCGGAUCAUAUUAAGGGACCUGUUUACCUAUCGCCCCGUACAGACUGA